GAGCCGCUGAAGAAGACCCCCGGCGAGAAGUCCUCCUGCUGCGGGCCUGUGCUCAGCGUCUUCAAGUCCAUCAAAGGCAUGCCAUGCCUCCUCUACCACUUGGCCUUGGUUCAGUGCCUGGUGUGGAUCGGCAACACUGCCUGGACCUACUACUCCUCCCAGUGGUUCGCGGACUCGGUGUACCAAGGCGACCAGCACGCGCCGGAGGGCUCAGAGGAGAAGCUCGCGUACGCGGCGGGCAUGAAGGCCUUCAGCACUGGUGGCCAGAUGCGCUCAGGCCUUCAGCUGAUCUCUGCGCUGGUGAUCAUCACCAUCCUCAUGAAGACCAAGCUCCGACCCCGCUACAUCUACGCCCCCUGCAUCCUCGUGGGCGCCGUAGUCAGCUUUUUGGCUGGCUUCGCUGUGGGCCACGCCGCCGUCUUCGCCAGCGUUUGCUUCGUGCUCUCCAUCAUGCCGGAGACGGGCUCCUUCGCCAUCCCCUUCGGGCUGGUGGCCACGCUGAACAAGCGCGCAGAGGAAGAGGGCAAGCAGGUCAGCACGGCCCUGCAGAUGGCGCUCCUGAACUGCUGCGUCACUGUGGGCCAGCAGAUUUGCCACAUGGUUCUCGCGGCUAUCGAGAACAACCUUCCCCUGGAGAAGGCUUGGCCCGUGUGGGUCUUGAGGCUCAAUGCCGUUGCGUCCAGAAACUGGGAUGCCGGCGGAAGCCUAGGUUCACAAGGAAUUGUCGCUUUGAAGUCUGGGCUGCAGUACAAGGUUUUGAACAAGGGCAGCGGCAAGUUCCACCCAAAGAAGGACACAACCUGCAGCUGCCACUAUGCUGGCACCACACUGAGCCUCACGCCCAACGCGAUCGAUUUGCCCGAAGAUCAGUGGAGCGAGUUCGACUCUUCUUACAAGAGAGGGUCGCCGACGGACUUCGCGCCGAAUCAGGUCAUCAAAGGCUGGACGGAGGCCAUGCAACUCAUGGUUGAGGGGGACAAGUGGGAGCUUUACAUCCCAGCGGACCUGGGCUACGGAGAUGGUGGUAGUGGUGAGAAGAUCAAAGGCGGGGAAAUGCUGAUCUUCCGAAUGGAGAUGAUGAAGAUCAUUGGCAGUGGCAAAGUUCGUGCCGCGAAGUGCGACUUGAAGACCCGGGAGAAUUGCGAGUGCUGA